AUGACCUCGCCCCAAACUUCCCCGCACAUGUUCCUUGUACCGCCGCCGCGAAACCCAGUGUACUACACGCUUGCCUCGGGCACCCUGUUGGUGAUCAACAAGGUGGCCAUCGUCGCGCUGCCCGCGCCGUCCUUCGUGCUGCUCCUGCAGCUGCUCGCGUCCGCCGGCGCGGUGCUCGCCGCACACGGGGUCGGCGCCGUCACCAUAACGCCGGCGACGUCGCGGCAGCUGCUGCACUUCCUGCCCGUCACGAUCGGCUUCCUCGGGACCAUCUACGCCAACAUCAAGGUCCUGCAGCACAGCAACGUCGACACCUUUAUCACGUUCCGCAGCUCGACGCCGCUUGUGCUCGCGUUCUGUGACUGGGCGUUCCUUGGGCGGCAGCUGCCCUGCGGGCGCUCCUGGUCGUCGCUCGGGCUGCUGCUCUUGUCGAGCGCGGGCUACGCGUACUUUGACAAGGGAUUUGUCAUGGAUGCCUACCUGUGGCUCUUCAUCUGGUACGUCUUCUUCACGUUUGAGGGCGUCUGGGUCAAGCACAUGUGCGACACUGUGCCAAUGGGCAACUGGGCAAGGGUUUAUUAUGCCAACCUGAUGAGCGCGCCGUUCCUGGCGGUGGUGCUGUUCUUCGACACGAGCGAACAGGACCUCCUUGCUGAAACAGAAUGGACGUUCAACAUCAUCGCCCCCAUCGCGCUCAGCUGCGCGGUGGGCGUCGCGAUGAGCCACGCGAGCUACCUGCUGCGCUCCCACGCGGCGGCGACGACGGCGGCCGUGGUCGGCAUCGUGUGCAAGCUGCUGUCGGUGACGCUGAACCUUGUGAUCUGGGACAAGCACGCGGGCCCUGUCCAGCUGGGCUUCCUACUCAUGGGCAUUUUCGCGGCCUCCAUCUACAGGCGAGUCCAGCGGGGGCUGCAAGCCCUGCGGCAAGCGCCGCUGCGGCAGCCGCCAAAGGUUUCGGACUAUGGAGGGGUGGUGGCUGCCAAGGAGGCAGCUGCAUCAUAG